AUGAGCACAAGCAGCCUCUCGUGGGACCAGGCUCUUCUCCAGCCUCCGGUGUGUGAUGCCUGGAAGGAGUUUAUGGAGGGAGCAGCCUACCAGCUGGCCAGCUGCAUUGUCCUCCUGGGUUACAUGGGAGGAAGUGGCAUCUUUGGGUCCUUCUAUAUCUUUGGCCUCCUGGCCCCAGGCUACCUCUGCUAUGCUCUGUGGGGCUGGCUGAACGCUUGUGGGCUGGAUAUCUUCAUCUGGAACAUGCUGCUCGUCCUCGCCUGCUUGCUUCAGCUGGCUCACCUGGCUUACCGGCUCCGCAGAAACACCAUCCCAGAAGAGUUUGACCUCCUCUACAAGACCAUGUACCUGCCCUUGCAGGUGCCCCUAGAGGUCUACAAAGAAAUCGUGAAGUGCUGCGAAGAGCAUGUCCAGUCACUAGCCAGAGACCAGAAUUACGCGGUGGAGGGCAAGACGCCCAUUGAUCGCCUCUCGUUGCUGCUGUCUGGCAGGAUCCGAGUGUGCCAGGAUGGACAAUUCCUUCACUAUGUCUUUCCAUACCAGUUCCUGGACUCUCCAGAAUGGGAGUCACUGCGACCCUCUGAGGAAGGAACUUUCCAGGUCACGCUGACAGCUGAGACUGAUUGCAGCUUCAUCACCUGGCCGAGGAAGAAGCUGUAUCUCCUCCUGAGGAAGGACCGCUACAUUGCCCGGCUCUUCUCCUCCCACCUGGGCUAUGACAUCUCGGAGAAGCUCUACUCCCUCAAUGAGAAGCUCUUUUCCAAGUUUGGCCGUCGCUUCGCCGUUUUCCCCAGCCUCUACCAUGUCCUUGGGCCAGCUUCCUCCGAGGGGGAGUCAGAGGACUGCGAGGAGCUGCUGCCUGCCUCUGGCCAGGCCAGUGUCUCUGAGCCCCCUCCACAGCCACCACCACCACCACCACCACCGCCGCCGCCGCCGGCUCCACGCUCCCGGGCAUCCCGGCCCGACAGUGAGCUGCUGGGUGAGGAUUCCACCAGUCUUGUCUUGGAAGAUUUUGCUGAGUUGCCGGGGUCUUUUAUGGACUAUGUGAGCGAAGGGGAGUAUAUGAAUUCUCACCCUCUCUGCAGAGGACGAGCCCCUCUGGCUCCCACUCAGACCCCUGAACUCUAG